GUCUGGUUGCGAAGGUAGUGGUAGUGGUGGUGUUCUCUGGAAGAAGCAAGUGUUUCCUCCUGGGCUUGCUUACUGCUACGUCCAGUAGCAAUAUUCUGCUUAUACGUCGGUCAGGUUGACGUUUAAUUACACUGCCUAACCUAGUCGUUGAAUUUCUACAUGUUAACACGGGAAACUAGCACGCGAGGUAAUCGUAACCUUGCCUGAAAGCAUCUUUGAACAUAAUUGGAACACGAAAUAACGAUGCCGUCCCCGAUGGAGGGAUCUUCCAGAGAAGGUGACCUCUUUACUGUGAAACACGAGCUGAAAAAUGCCAACCUGACGGGCCACGUGGAGAGAGUGGGCAUUGAAAACUUUGAGCUGUUGAAGGUGCUGGGCACAGGAGCAUACGGCAAAGUGUUCCUGGUGAGGAAAGUGAGCGGUCAUGAUGCAGGGAAGCUGUAUGCCAUGAAGGUUUUGAAGAAGGCGACAAUUGUGCAGAAGGCAAAGACUGCGGAACACACACGGACAGAGCGGCAAGUGCUGGAGCACAUCCGGCAGUCUCCAUUCCUUGUCACACUUCACUACGCCUUCCAGACGGAUACCAAGCUGCACCUCAUUCUGGAUUAUGUAAAUGGCGGGGAGCUUUUCACACAUUUGGUGCAGAGGGUGCGAUUUAAGGAGCAAGAAGUAGCCUUGUACAGUGGAGAGAUUGUGUUGGCACUAGAGCAUCUACACCAGCUUGGAAUCGUCUAUCGUGACCUGAAACUUGAGAAUAUUCUACUGGAUUCAAGCGGUCAUAUCGUUCUCACAGACUUUGGCCUCAGUAAAGAAUUUGAUCAGAUGGAAAGAGCGUUCUCGGUCUGUGGCACCAUCGAGUACAUGGCUCCAGAAAUUGUUGAAGGAGGAGAGUCCGGACAUGAUAAGGCGGUGGACUGGUGGAGCCUCGGCGUGUUGAUGUACGAGCUUUUGACUGGCGGAUCACCCUUCACCGUUGAUGGGGAUGAGAACUCGCACACAGACAUUGCCAAGAGGAUUUCUAAAAAGGAUCCUCCUUUCCCCAAAGACAUGGGACCACUGGCCAAAGACGUAAUCCAGAGACUCCUCAUCAAAGACCCAAAGAAGAGGCUGGGCUCGGGUCCUAAUGGAGCAGAGAAUGUGAAGAAACACCCGUUUUACCAGAAAAUUAGCUGGGAGGACUUGGCAGCCAAGAAGGUUCCGGCCCCGUUCAAACCGGUGAUCCGAGAUGAGCUGGACGUCAGCAACUUUGCAGACGAGUUUACGGAGAUGGACCCAACAUACUCUCCUGCAGCUCUGCCUCAGAACUGUGACCGCAUCUUCCAGGGCUACUCUUUCAUGGCUCCCUCCAUCCUCUUUAAGAGGAAUGUGGUGAUGGACGACCCCGUCCAGCUGUGUGGGGGCUCAGAGAGGCCGGGCUCUGCUGCAGUGGCCCGCAGCGCCAUGAUGAAGGACUCCCCCUUCUAUAUGAACUAUGAGAUGGACCUGAGGGACAGCGUGCUGGGAGAGGGCAGCUUCUCCAUCUGCAGACGCUGCACACACAAGAAGACUGGACAGAAAUACGCUGUCAAGAUAGUCAGCAAGAGGAUGGAGGCUCAAACUCAACGGGAAAUAGCAGCCCUAAAGCUCUGCGACGGCCACCCUAACAUCGUCAAGCUUCAUGAAAUUUAUCACGACCAGCUCCACACGUACCUGGUCCUGGAGCUGCUGGGUGGAGGGGAGCUGCUGGAGAGGAUACGCAGGAAGCAACAUUUCAGUGAAACAGAAGCCAGCCGCAUCAUGAGAAAGCUGGUGUCGGCCGUCAGUCACAUGCAUGACGUAGGAGUGGUGCACAGGGACCUGAAACCAGAGAACCUGCUCUUCACAGACGAGAGUGAGAACUCCGAGAUAAAAAUCAUAGACUUUGGCUUCGCUCGCCUCAAACCGCCAGACAAUCAGCUCCUGAAGACUCCCUGCUUCACGCUGCAGUACGCAGCGCCAGAGAUUCUCAAAUAUGACGGCUAUGAUGAGUCCUGUGACCUGUGGAGCCUGGGGGUCAUUCUGUACACCAUGCUGUCUGGCCAGGUGCCCUUUCAGUGCCAAGAGAAGAGCCUCACUCACACCAGUGCUGAGGAAAUUAUGAAGAAAAUCAAGCACGGGGACUUCUCUUUUGCAGGAGAGGCCUGGAGAAACGUUUCCCAGCAGGCCAAGGACCUAAUACAAGAGCUGCUGACGGUGGACCCAAACAAGAGGAUUAAGAUGUGCGGCCUACGUUACAACGCCUGGCUGCAGGACGACAGCCAGCUGUCCUCCAACCCACUCAUGACCCCGGAUAUCCUGGGCUCCUCCACUGCCUCCGUCCACACUUAUGUCAAAGCUACCUUUAAUGCGUUUAACAAAUGCAAGCGAGAAGGUUUCCGCCUGCAGACGGUGGACAAAGCGCCGCUAGCCAAGAGGAGGAAGAUGAAGAAGACGAGUACCAGCACAGACACCCGCAGCAGCUCCAGCGAGAGCACCCAUUCCUCGUCCUCCUCCUCCCAGUCUCAGGGGAAGACAUCCCCGGGGGGCGACGCCAACCCGCAGCCCUCCAACAACACGCCUGUCAACACACCCAUCGCCCUGGAAACAGACUCUGAGCACCAACCAGCGCAUCCAGCCUUUGACUUCUCAGAAGGACAGUGAGAGAGCGAGGCAGAUCCAGACAGUUUCAUGACCCACAGGAUGGCUCGGACCAGCGUAGAGACGGUGAUCCUCUCUUCCUCUCUGUCCCCCGGCAGCUCUCUGCUUCUGGCUCACUUGCAUGGACGUCCGCACGUCUCCAAAAUCCAAGCAUGCAGCAGGAGCAGCACUCGUCACCUCAAUAUCAAUCAAUCAAUCAUUACUAGCAAUAGCCUCUUUUUUUCUUUCUCUCCCAACUUCACACACAGACCGUAUCAAUCAGGGACUGGACCAGGAAGGAGUCGCCCCCGGUGUCCAACAUGAAAAGGGCUGUCCUACUGCCCCAGGUCCAGACAGACCAUGGAGAGACACGUUCAGUCUCAUCAUCAGCCUCUGUCCUCUCCGUUUACCUGUCUCUGUCCACGCCUCCAGAGGUUUUAAAAGGGAAAGUCGUAGUGUUUACACCGUGGAUGCUUUCUAUAUUUCUGUCUCAAGGAGAGAAGAAACGCAGCGAAACGUAACGUGGGUCCACUUCCUUUUUCUGGGGAAGUCUCUUCAAGAUGGAGCAGGAUAUUUAUAUGUGAAUUUUACAGACUGAAAUCUAUUUAUGAUAAGCUAUAUUGUUAACUUAUUUAUGGUUCAGACUGAUCUGAAAAGAAAUAAUGGAUAGUGAGUCUUUAUCUUCAAAAACAACAUUUUGUGUUUGUGUGUGUUUUUCCCUCUCAGCUGAAAGACUGUUUCCAUGUAGUCUCACGGUCGUUUACACAUCUUUGUAGUUAUCAUAGGUAAUCAACGCUUUAAGUAGAGUACUGAGACAUUUUAAGAUUAUUGUAGGCAAAAAGAGAUUAACUCCAUUAGCAGCUUGUUAAUGGUUGUGAACCUGUUUGUCAGAUUUAUGUAACCAAAAUCUUUUGGACUUUAUUUAUGUGGGCGGCUGAAUUUGGGGAUUUGACUGCAGCUUUGUCCAGUAGUUCAAAGUAAAUGUCCUUGUUCAGAGGGAUUAAAGAAGCUGAAUCUUUUUAUAGGAACAAAAAUGUGGAUGCAGGAUGUUCAGCCAAAUCUGUGCUUUUAUUGUUGUAUAGGGAGCACUGCCGCCUGAUGGGACCUGACCCUACAAGAAGAGCUAAAUUUAGAUUCAUUUUUUGCCUCUGAUGUGGGAGGACGACUACUUUGAAGGCUCAGCUAUUGCUGCUGCUCUACAUAGUCUGAUCCUCCAGUCAGUAUUUAGCCCAGCAGUGGAUUCGCCCUGCUUGGUGCAGGACUUAAUUGUCUCUUUUUAUCGCUGCAGCCAAUUGGAUUGAGCUAGAGUCCAGAUUGGAAAAUUCACAUCAGCUUAGUGAAGGAGAAGAUGAGAGGAGGUUGAGUUUGAUGCCAAAAGGGCAGCUUUUAAGUGGCUUCCUUGUCGGAUUUUUUUUUAAUAGGAAGGUUUAUGUGCCAAAAAAUGCAACUAAAUAAUGAAAUUGAAAGAUUUGAAGCUAUGGUGGAGAUUUAAAGAGCAAAAACUCGCCUGAUGACUCUGAAAAUUUCUGCAAAACCCUCCCUUUAUGAGAUUAUCAGUUCCUGAGGAGCUCAAAGUUACACUCCUUUUACUUUCAACACGGUCCCUUGCUCUGUUUACCAUGUUGUACUUGCAUGACUGAAAUAGUGAUGUUUGCACAGUUUGACCUCCUCACUUUGAGGCAGAAAUCUGCUGAGAAUGAAGUCCCCAGUGCAUGAUAUAAACCGAACACCACCCUCUUCUUUCUCUUUAGUUAUUGGCUCCUUGAAGCAGAUUCCUGCUUGAUUUCAUGUGAGUUUUUUAACUUGCACAUUUUCAAAAUACCCGCCUAAAUACAAGAAAUGUUCCUGUUUGAGGUGUGAGGUAUCUGAACACCGAAACCCCUUUUUACAAUAGCUUAAAUAUUGUAUUGUUCCAAUGCUACAACACUGGUGUUAGCCAGGAUAGCUAGGCAAGUAAAUGCAAUGCUGUGAUUUGUUUUUGCAAGUCUGUAUUAGUCUGUUUCCAUAAAAAAGCUGAAAUACUGUAUUCUUUGGAUGUGUACAGGGGUAUUUGUGUUCAGUAUGUGACUAGAAACAGCUUGUCCUGCUCUACCAGGAUACAAAAAAACCUUAGUUGGACUUAACUGUGUGACUUUAAAUACACUCCCUCAUCUUCUUCCAUUUGAAUGCACUCUGAUCUGAACCAAAGCAUUAACUUCAAGGUAGCUGCUCUAAGCUGCAUGAGAUAUUUCCUUUCAUGCAAAUAUGCAAAGAAAUGCUUCAUAUGUCAUCUGUUUGUUUCCUCCACCUGGUGAAACAUGUCUAACGUCUCCAGUUCAGAGGGUUUUAUAAAAGCCUGCAGUGAGUUUCUUGGGAAGAUCUAUGAUAUCCGUACCCCGCUCAUUAUCACGCUCAGAACUAUGCAUCUCUUUUGGCUGUUGUGUUGCUUUUGCCAUCUCACAAAGACCCAUCCAAAUGAGCGCAGCAUAAUGCUGAGAAGGCCACAACAGGAUGUACAUACUGAGCUUUUUACUCCUAUAGCAUCAGCCUCGAUACGACUAAGUGAAGAAGGAUCCACUAGCCGUAUUAUAGAAAAAACUGGGAUCCUUGGAGCUAAACACUACAAAGCUCUUGUCUAACUGAGUUUCGCAUGAGUUCCCCGCUGCUGCCUCAUUAAGCCUCUUUUCUUUUGUUUGGGUGUAUUAAUAGCUCAAGUGGAGGAAGAGGAAAAGUGUCCUAUAUGGAACUUCCCUCUGGGAGCCGGGCUCUAUUAGCUGAUGUGCUGCAGUGCUGUUUGUUCCAAAGAAAAUACCGUGCUCUGCUCUUUGGCUCCGUGGGACUCAGCUUACUCCCUUUGCUUUGGAGGGAAGAAAACAUGCAUGUCGGGGAAGGCUUGCUUUAGUACCAAUGUCUCUUGGGGCUGAAUCUCAAACUGGUUAUCCCCCCUUUGAUGAAGAGUAGGAGACAGAAGGGAGGGAAGGACAGUGGACAGUUCUGAUGUCCUGUUGUCUUUUAAACAUGUUCUUCUUGGUUCCCUUAAAUUUGAACUAAACUCUCUUUCCCACCUUCAGUACUCCCUCUUUCUUUUUUGAAGUCUGGUGAUUUAAAAGCAUCCAACCCUUGUAGCUUGAGCUGUCAUGUGUAAGCCAAUUAUGGCUGUCGUGCAUUGUUGAGUUAGAGGAAGGUCUUGGGAUGGUCUAGCGUGCUACUGUUCAAGUGUAAGUGGUGCCAUCUUCAUGCUUAAGAGACAGAUGUGGGUGCAGAAGCUCAAAGUGGCGUGUGGCGUGUGGCUCGUUACUUUGCUAGCACCGCUUCUCAGUGAGUUUUUUUUUUGUGUGUGCAUGUAUUUAAAGUGACAGUAACAAUAAUCAGGGCAGUAAUUGAGGGUAGUUUGGAGUCAUAAUGGAGCUGUCCAUGGUGCUGAAGUGGCCAAAUCUGUGGUGUUGGCUUUCUACUUUGACCCAUAAAAUGAAAUUAUUUUAUUUCAACUCUACCAGCAGUUCUUGAACCCCAGGGUUUAGUUUGGAUGUUGUCAAUUGGUGCUGGGGAUCAACCAUAAACCGUAUAAAAUAUGGACGUAGUAUCCGUGACGUCACCCAGCUGUUUCUGAAGCGCUGUUUUGAGGCCAAUCGGCGGCGGCAGCCAUGUUGCUGCUGUCACCGAUUGUGAGGUAAAGAGGCGGGCUUUAAGCCUCCUAGCCAACAGCUACAGUGUUCCCACCUAUCAAUCAAGUCAGCUGUGCCUCUCAUUGGAAGACUAGUAAUCUCAAUAUCUUUGAAAUUGUCGCGUUAGAAAAAAAUUCACCCCCCUCACAGUGUGAACUGAUCAAGAAAUGAGUUAUCCAGACUACACACUUUGAACCAGGCUGUAAACAUGUUUAUUUCUGCUGUAAAGAUCGGCUUCUUUGAAUUGGUGUGUAUGUGGUUUCUGGUACUUCCGGAUCCAGCCUCAAGCAGAUCCUCCAUGAACUGCAGUUUUUUAGCACUUCCACAUUGGACUCAUAUUUUUAGACUAGAGGUUGCCGCUUGGGAUCAACGCAAGUUAGGGAGGUUUGACCGAGGGGGAAUUUAAAUUUUAAACAUUUUCGCUCAUUUCAGGUUUCAUGGGGUUAAAAAAAACAGCGAUAAUCCUUUUUUAUACUUGUUCAAAAUCUGAAUAUUUCAAAAUGUAUAAAAAGGGAAUUAAUCUCUACAUGUGGAAUUAGAGAGAAGUAAGCUUACUUUGAAAAUGGGAACUACCUGUAGACCAAACCUACUUGGAUAAACCAUAACUGGUUGGAUUGCAGGGUUCCUUAAUAAUCUGUCUUUAAAACAUCUGUUGGUCUUUGGAUUCUAUAAAGAAAACUGGAAGCUGUUUCUGAUGAGGGGAUUUACCAGCUUAAAAUAUAACUUAUAAGUGCUGACAGCGAAAUUCAUUUCAUUUGGGACCCCAGCAGAAAAUGUACAAACAGAAUAUGUCGCAAGCAAACAACUGAAAACAAAAUAACAGCAUGUAUUGUUAAAAGAGGAAGAAUAAUUUAUUUGAAUAUAGUGUGUAACCCUUCCUAAAUAAUCUGUAUUGUUUUUUUUCCCCUCCUUCUUCUUCCUCCCAUCUUAAACCACAUGGCCAUUCUUAAAUGAUUCUUUUUAAUAUAUUUAUUUAUGUUGUACAGUUUAUUUUGGAGGCUUUCAUGAGAGUGGAUAGAACAGUGAACAGAGCAGGAAACUGGCCAGAGAGAUGGUGGGCUGACGUGUAGGCUGCCCACCUCGAGCACUGCAGCCUCAGCACACGAGGCGUGCGACCUAACCACUAAGCCAAACAGGCGCUUUAUUUUUGACUGUGAUCAAUGCCACUUAAAGGUUAUUAGAGCUGCAUCACGGAGGGAAACUUCAUUGUAGACUUCAUCAUCAUCAUCAUCAUCAUCAUCAUCUGUGUCUCCACCAACCCAUCAGUGUCACACGUGUUACCACAAGAAUCCUGUUGAUAUUUUCCCGUUUGUAUGGAUUCUUCUGUCUCCUUACAUAUUGUUACUGUCAAAAAGUACUGUAGCAGUGAAUCCCUUUGAGAUUGGUCAAUAUUAAACUGUUUCAAAACACGCAAUCAAGCUUUAAGGGCAGAACUUUGCACUUGUAUGUUCUUUUAACCAUGCAACUUAUUUAUUUUUUGUAGAAGAUGAAAUGUCCUUGUUGAUUUUGUGCAGGUUCAGAUGUUUGUUCGGCCUGUACGGCUUUUGUCCAACAUUUCUAAAAAAUAGAAACCUCAACACCGGAUAGUACUUUUACCGCAAGGACACACUGCGUGCAUACCUGCUUCUUUAGGUCACUGUGAACACCAUCAUUCAGGUCUUUAGGUACAUCGCUCAUAUUUUAUGAAGUACCUUGAUUUGCUUCAAUAAAUGCUUUAAUCGCUGGCUGAAUACACCUGUACAUUGAGUAACCUGUUAAUGAGUCUUUGAAUAGAUCCUUGGCGUCAUUGUAAGUGUGUUUACAUCAUUACUGAGAUAUUUUGUGAUACCAGGAUUUGUGUGUAUGAGUUGUCAAAAGGACAAUAAAUGUACUACUUCCUGUUCAUACAUGGAUGUUGAUCAAUAAAUAAGGUUCAAAUCUUU